GAGACGAAACGGAGACUGGAGCGACAAGAAGGGAACCGAGGGCCCUUUGGCUGAGCUGAACUAUUUGGAUUUUCGGGAAGAAAGAAGCGUUGGCUACUAAACAUGACCAGAGGAAACCAACGUGACCUCGCACGUCUGAAGAACGCCAAGAAAAAUGACCCGGCUAAAGGGAAGAAGGACGAUGGACUCUCUGCUGCUGCUCGGAAGCAGAGGGAUGCCGAGAGAAUGCAAGAGAAGCAGAAAAAGUCAGCUGAAGGAGGAAAAGAAGAAACCAAGUCCAAGUAAAGAAUGAAGUCGGAGACGCAUACAACUCAGCGCUUCAAAUAAGAUAUAACGUUGAGAAUUCUUCCUGAUAAUUAUAAUAACGGUCAUUAUUGUCUGGCCCUCGAUAAUCUAGGAUCCUACAUUCUUCCCGAUGGCAAAUGACAUUGCUUUGUUCGGAUUUGUUAUUUUUAACGCGGCGGUGCUGCAUGCAUGAGAAGCAUCGGUGGUGUAAGCGGCAGCAGGAGGAGGAAGGAAGAACGAUUCUUGACACAAGCACCGACGUGACAGUUGUGUUAUUUUUGUACAAAAAUGUCCCCGGCUGGUUUCAAAUAAAGUGUAUCUUUUUA